AUGGUCCUCAUUGCAGCCCUAAUCGGCGCUGCUCUCGAGACAUCAGAAAUGCAUCGACCUAGCAGGAAUGCACUGGUGAGAAGGGACAAUUCUCACGAUGACCAUCUAGAUUCUCAGCAUGAAAUCUCACAAGAUCAGAUCGACGAGCGAGCAUUCCAAGAAGUUCAAAAAUAUGCAGACUUUCAAAGAGAACUUUCGGAGAGAGUCUACGAUGACAUCCUGAAAGAGGGGACAUAUGGGUACCCGAGAUCGUCCCUAGAUACUUCCGUGUUUCCCUCAAUAUGUCACAACUUCCUGCCAGCCCCAAUCAUCAUCCCUCAGCAGAGAUCAGAAGGUGGUAAAAGGGCCUGGACACGAGCUUACGCACCUUCUCUCCUGGGAUGUGGCAUCGACCAAGACACCUUUCUAGAUUUUCUUGAUUCCUACAAUCAGGUAACCAAGAACUCUCCGUACCUUGGCGUUGUCAAUCUUCCCGCAUUAUGGGCGAGGCCUACCCCAAGCAUGACACAAACAUCGGUUUCCAGGGCGAUUCCUAUGGCUGUGAGUCUAGCAAAAACGCUACAAUCAGAGGAGCAAUCCAACUACUUACGCCACGCAAAUGAUGAGCUCUUUGUUCUCCAUGGACUCUUUGCCUUGGUCGUUACCUUCAAUCACAGCCGGAAUUCCCAAACUUACACAGUCGACAUUUCGCAGCCGUCCUCAACAGGAUCAACCACACACACAAUCCAACCCCAGCAACAAACUGGGGCUCCUCUGAUAUUCCCUGAAGUCGACACAGAUUGUUUCAUGCAAAGAAUAAAGGCUGAGGAGAUGGAUGAAGAUAUUCUUUAUCUCAUGAUAGUCAACAAUUAG